AUGGAUAGUCAAUACAUUUUGUUAUUGUCUGUUUUAGAUGCCGGUAAGAGCUUUGGAGAGUUAGCUUUGAUUAACCCCGACUGCAUUCGCAACGCGACAAUAAUCUCAGAUUGCUCAGCCCAUCUGCUCUCAGUUCAGCGCGAACUCUUCAAUCAAUGCCUACGCACAGCGCAGACAGCUGAAUUCCAGGCGAAGCUCGAUUUUGUCAGGAGUUGUGAGUUUUUUAACAAGUGGAAUCCCAGACUGAAGCGGCAGGCGGCGAUGAGUCUGCGCAAAGGAUCAUUUCGUUUCAAUCAGUUUAUUAUUCGACAGGGGGAGCCAGUGAAUGGGAUCGCUUAUAUUAUCAGGUGA